AUGGAGGAUGAUGCCGACGUAUACGACGGAAUAAGGUCUCAGUUCCCUUUGAGCUUUGGGAAGCAACCGAAAUCUCAGAAGUCUCUUGAACUCAUCCACAACGCCACCCGCCGGACCACCGGUGCCUCCGCAAGUGAUUCCGCCGGUGGUAAAGCGUCGGCGUCUGAAAAAGCAAAUGCGCUCCCAUCUCUAUCCAAAUCCUCCCAAGAUUGGAUAGACUCCUUCAAAAGUUCAAACCCUAAAAAUUCGAAGAGGGCUAGCGAUGAGGAUAGAAUGAUUGGCCCUUCCCGGCCACCAGUGGGUUUGGAGGAGGAGGAUGAUCGGAUGGUUGGGCCGCCUAGGCCGCCUCCUGGUAGUAGAGCUGAGGAUGAGGAUGGUGGCCCUGUAAUCGGGCCACCGAGACCUCCUCCUAAUGGACUAGAGGGCAACGAUGAUGAGCACGUGAUUGGGCCGCCCAGACCACCUCCUGGUGGAGAUGGGUCGGAUGAUGAUGAUGGGCCGGUUAUUGGCCCGCCCAGGCCGCCUCCAGGAGCCGUAGAGACUGAUUCUGAGGGAGAUUUGGAUGAAGAAGACGAUGAUUCUGGAUAUCGUAUACCGUUGAGCAAUGAGAUUGUACUGAAAGGGCAUACCAAGGUGGUUUCAGCCCUUGCAGUGGAUCACAGUGGAUCUCGAGUAUUAUCUGGCAGCUAUGACUAUACGGUUCGCAUGUAUGAUUUUCAGGGCAUGAAUGCUCGUCUUCAGUCAUUCAGACAACUUGAACCAUUUGAAGGUCAUCAAAUUCGUGGCUUGAGUUGGAGUCCUACUGCAGAUCGAUUUUUGUGUGUAACUGGUUCAGCACAGGCUAAGAUUUAUGACCGUGAUGGACUUACGUUAGGUGAGUUUGUCAAGGGGGACAUGUAUAUUAGGGAUCUUAAAAACACAAAAGGCCACAUAUCUGGAUUGACUUGUGGAGAAUGGCACCCUAAAGCAAAGGAGACUAUCUUAACAUCGUCCGAAGAUGGUUCGCUAAGGAUAUGGGAUGUAAACGACUUCAAAGGUCAAAAGCAGGUUAUUAAACCCAAACUUUCGAGGCCGGGAAGAGUUCCAGUAACCACAUGCACUUGGGAUCGUGAAGGAAAACGAAUUGCCGGCGGUAUAGGUGAUGGCUCUAUACAGAUAUGGAACAUCAAGGCUGGAUGGGUUAGCAGGCCUGAUAUUCACGUUGUAAGUAGCCACUCAGACGAUAUUACCGGGCUUAAAUUUUCCAGUGAUGGACUAACACUGCUGUCAAGAAGCUUUGAUGGGACACUUAAGGUGUGGGAUCUGCGUAAAAUGAAGGAGGCUGCCCAUAUAUUUGAUGAUCUUCCAAAUAAUUAUGCUCAGACGAAUGUGGCAUUCAGUCCAGAUGAACAACUCUUCUUGACUGGGACCUCAGUUGAGAAGGAUAGCACGACAGGGGGUCUGCUAUGUAUAUAUGAUAGAGUGAAGAUGGAAAUGGUGUCAAGAGUUGGAAUAUCUCCCACAUUUAGUGUAGUUCAAUGUGCCUGGCAUCCAAGGCUAAAUCAGAUAUUUGCUACAGUUGGGGACAGACACGAAGGAGGGACUCACAUACUAUACGAUCCGACCAUCAGUGAGAGAGGUGCACUUGUGUGUGUUGCUCGUGCACCGAGAAAGCAAUCGGUUGAUGAUUUUCAGGCACAACCUGUUAUUCACAACCCUCAUGCACUGCCGAUGUUUAGAGAUCAGCCGAGCCGUAAACGCCAGCGUGAGAAGAUACUGAAGGACCCAUUGAAGUCCCACAAGCCAGAGCUACCUAUAACUGGGCCGGGUCAUGGUGGAAGAGUUGGCUCGACCAAGGGAAGUCUGCUCACUCAGUACCUUCUCAAGCAAGGGGGCAUGAUUAAGGAAACAUGGAUGGAGGAAGACCCAAGAGAAGCUAUUCUGAAAUAUGCUGAUGUUGCUGCUAAAGAUCCUAAAUUUAUUGCCCCAGCAUAUGCACAAACACAGCCGGAACCAGUUUUUGCCAAGUCGGACUCAGAUGAGGAGGAAUAA